AUGUCAGCUGCUGAGACUAACCAACUUCAAGAGUCCUUGGAGAAAUUGAACAUCGACUCAUCAUCAUCAUCCACUGCUCCUGCCGAGAACAAACAAGCGGUUGAAUCCGAUGUUGCAGCUGAAGGUGCUCAUGCUGAACCUUCUUCUGAAGAACAAGGUGAAUUAGGUGGUGUUGCAGAAAACUCAGCUUCAUUAUAUGUUGGUGAAUUAAACCCAUCAGUUAACGAAGCCACCCUUUUUGAGAUUUUUUCUCCUAUUGGCCAAGUUUCCUCUAUUAGAGUUUGUCGUGAUGCUGUUUCCAAAAAAUCUUUAGGUUAUGCUUACGUUAACUACCACAAAUUCGAAGAUGGUGAAAAAGCUAUUGAUGAAUUGAACUAUAGUCUUGUUGAAGGUAGACCAUGCCGUAUUAUGUGGUCUCAAAGAGACCCAUCUGCCAGAAGGUCUGGGGAUGGAAACAUCUUUAUCAAGAAUUUGCAUCCAGCAAUUGACAACAAGGCCUUGCACGAUACUUUCUCGGCUUUCGGUAGAAUUUUAUCAUGUAAGGUUGCCACUGAUGAUUUGGGACAAUCUAAAUGUUUUGGAUUUGUUCAUUACGAGACUGCUGAAGCUGCUGAAGCUGCCAUCGAAAACGUCAAUGGUAUGUUGUUGAAUGAUCGUGAAGUAUACGUUGGUAAGCAUGUGUCAAAGAAGGACCGUGAAUCCAAAUUUGAAGAAAUGAAGGCAAACUACACCAACAUUUACGUAAAGAACAUUGAUUUGGGCUUUUCUGAAAAAGAGUUUGAAGACUUGUUUGCUCCAUAUGGUAAGAUUACUUCCAUUUACUUGGAAAAGGAUCAAGACGGAAAGUCAAAAGGAUUUGGUUUCGUCAACUAUGAAGACCACAAGUCGGCUACCGAAGCUGUUGAAGCUUUAAAUGAUAAGGAAAUCAACGGUCAAAAGAUCUACGUUGGUAGGGCUCAAAAGAAGAGAGAAAGAACUGAAGAAUUAAAGAAGCAAUAUGAAGCAAUCAGAUUGGAAAAAUUAUCCAAAUACCAAGGUGUCAAUUUGUUUAUUAAGAACUUGGAUGACCAGAUCGAUUCAGAGAAGUUGGAAGAAGAGUUCAAACCAUUUGGAACUAUCACCUCAGCUAAAGUUAUGGUUGAUGACGCUGGUAAAUCUAAAGGAUUUGGUUUUGUUUGUUUCAGUACCCCAGAAGAAGCAACUAAGGCAAUCACUGAGAUGAACCAAAGAAUGAUCAAUGGUAAGCCAUUGUACGUUGCAUUGGCUCAACGUAAGGAUGUCAGACGUUCGCAGUUGGAACAACAAAUCCAAGCAAGAAACCAAAUGAGAAUGCAAAAUGCUGCAGCUGCAGGUGGAUUCCCAGGCCAAUUCAUGCCUCCAAUGUACUAUGGUCAACAAGGAUUUUUCCCACCAGGUGGAAGAGGAAACGCUCCUUUCCCAGGUCCAAACCCCCAAAUGAUGAUGAGAAGAGGAAACCAACCUUUCCCUGAACAAUGGCCAAGACCAGGUCCAAAUGGACAACCCGUUCCAGUCUAUGGUAUGCCACCUCAAUUCCAAGAUCAAAGACCUCAACAACAGCAACAGCAACAACAACAACAGCCAAGAGGUUAUUACCCUGCUCAAGCUGGUGUUAAGGUUCCAGCUAAAGAUUUAGCUGCCAUUAUCUCUAGUGUCCCACCAGAACAACAAAAGAGAAUUUUGGGUGAAGAGUUGUACCCAAGAAUUGUCUCCACUGGAAAGGCUCAGGAACCUGAGGCUGCUGGUAAGAUUACUGGUAUGAUGUUGGGAUUGGAAAACCAAGAGAUUUUGGAUUUGUUAGACGACGAUGAGUUAUUCAACAACCACUUCGAGGAUGCUUUAACCGCAUACGAAGAGUACAAAAAAUCUGAAGCCGGUGCCGCUGCUGAAGAAGAGGCUUGA